GUGUCGGGGCGUCCGCUGGCGGCCGAGGCGGCAACCACGCCGGCUCGUGCAGAGCUCGCGGCGUCGAUCACGCAGAUCGAGAAGGCGCUGGCGGCGCUGGAGGGUCACGACGAGUCCUUGCGCGCGCCGCUGCUGACGCAGAUGGAGGAGAAGCAGUGGCCCCUGGGCGAGACCAAGCCCGUGGGCCAGCGGGUCGAUGGCGCCAGGGCCGCCUUCGAGCGGGCGAUCAAACGCCAGGCGGCAGUGGACGAGAGCGCCAUGCUGGCCAAAGCGGCGCAGGAGGCCGCUGCCGUGGAGGUGGCUCAGCUGCGCACGGAGUCCAUGCUGGCCUCAGCGGUCGAGGAGCUCAAGGACUGCAGCCGCGUGAACGAGUCGGCGGUGGCGGAGGCGACCAAGCCGCUUGUGAAGCUGCUGGAGCACUUCAAGGCUACUGUGGGGCUGGCUCACAAGGCAGACCGCCUGCACGCGGAGGGCCCGCGCCGCCUCCAGGGCAAGCAGGAGCCCGCGCUCCCCCCGCCGACCU